CCCAGCAUCUGCUUUGCUGUAGACUGCGGGGUUUGACUGCUCACCGUAGCCUUGGAUAACCCUCAUGUAGGUGUGUUUUUGAAUACCACGCGUCUUGUGUGCGACGCUUCAACUUGCAUUGUUGAUUUCUUGCUUUGAAGGGUUGCUUGAUGAAGAUCCAGCCCAUGCGAGGACAGCAGAGAUGGCUCUGGAGCAGCUCAGUGAUGUGGUGCAGAGAUGUGAGGCCCUCGCAGAUGACAGCUACACCUCAGACGAUCAUGACGUCUUCACGAUUGCUGGACGCACCUGCAUCGAGGAGGGGAACAGCCCGCAGGUCCUCAGCAUCGUCCUGGAUGACAAGAACCAGAACAUAGUGAGGAGUAUGGGCUGGAAUCUGCUGCCUCCGCUGGUUCAGGUGCUGCUGAAGAAAGAGGACCAGCAUCUCCCUCAGUGUCUGGCCAUUUUUAACCACCUGUUAGAGACCUGUAGACCUAAGGAGUUGCUGAUUGGCCUCUUGGAGCAGCUGGAACAUGAUGAUCCUGAUGGAAUCGCUGAGCGUCUUCGUCUACUUCUGAACCCCCUACAGAAAGUGCUGCUGCGCCUGGGCAGCCGCAAGGCGUCGUCCUUGGGUAUGACCCUGUCCUCCGUGCUGGACCAGCUGGCCAAACUGCCCAUCCCGAACACGAAGGAGCAAGAAGAGCACGACGUCUUUUCUCUUUGCCGUUGCUGCACUGACUUGAUACAGUUCGUCAGGCCCUUUGUGCAGGAGGCGAGACUGAAUCAGAGCGGGGAUAAUCAGCUGGAAAACUCCCACAGGACAGCCGGCGGACACGAUGAGGGAGCAGAGGAAGAGCUGCGGACAGAACUCCUGAAGUUCUGCAUGAAGACGCUGAGUCAGCCCUUGUUGGACGUACAGAUCAGGGAUGCAGAAACGCUGCCUCUGUCUCCCCUAAGAAGUUUUGCUACAGAAAUCCUGGACAUUCUUGGCGCUGUUGGAGAGUCCCUACCCAGUCUGGUGUUCCACCCUCUGCUGAAGAAGAAAGAGGUUCCAGGCUUCCUGGAGGAAGAGGUCCGUUAUCCGAAAAAUUCCCUGGCCAGCUUGGCCCACCUGGUCUUUGUUCAUCACCUGUCUGCCGAUACCUUCCCCAGUGUUUUCAGCCCUGUGUUCUGUCUACGCAGCAACAUGGAGCACAUUUCCAUUCUUCUGUCACGAACCGAGGACUCCAGGAUUCAGAAAGGUCUGGAGCUGUAUGAGAAGAGUCUGGUGCGGGUGGAGGAUGGCAGCCUGCCAGCAGAUCUGCUUGAGAUUAAAACCUUCCUCACCGUCCCUCAGAACUUAGUAAAGGUCAUGACGAUUUGUCCUAAGCAUGAUCUGAGGACUAAAGGACUGAAGGUGUUCCAGCUCAGCAUCGAUAAGUUCAGCGCUGAGGCCAAGUACAGAUUUUUCCAAUACAUCCUCAGGACAAGCAACCACUCAGGAGUGGAAGGCUACACCAUUAAAAACAUCAAGAAUCAGGUCGACGCUGCUCUGCAGCCAGGUAACAGUAACGUCUGGUUUGAGGGGGCUCACCUGCUGCCUCUGCUGCGGAAGGUAUUCAGUCUUCCUGACGGACCAGAGACGGACCUCCUGCAGUACCUGGACAGAGUCAUGGAGUCUCUGAACCUGCUGCGCUACCUCGUCAUCAGAGACAAAGUAACAGAGAACCAGACGGGCAUCUGGACAGAGCUGUAUAAAAUAGAGGAUACCUUCAUGAAGCCACUGCGCGUUGGGCUCAACAUGUCGAGAGCCCACUAUGAGAGGGAGCUGCAGGACACCAUGGAGAGCAAAAGGAAGAAAGCCAAAGAGGAGUCCGUUCUGUCUGUGUCGGUGGGCGGGGAGAGGCUGCCAAAAAUGACGUCAGAGUCUCAGAUUCAGGCUCUCCACUCGGCGCUGCACACGUUUGACAUGAUCGAGAGCGUGUUGGUGCGGAUAGAGGAACUGAUCGAGGUGAAGGACGGCCUGGAGUCUGCAGGAGAGCCUCACCCCCUCAGGGCCUAGCAGACUAAAGGCUGUGGUUUAUUUCUCCCAUAUGUAAAUGCAUCGUUUCAGUCAUGUAACUGUUGUUUCUCCUCCCUAUGAGAUUUGUAGCAUUCAGUAAAGAUUUUCUACAGUGAAA